GAGGCUGAGUGGCUGGCCGCGGUCACAGAACAGCACACAAGCAAAAGCAGAGACAAGGCCACGCCGCUAGUCUCUGCCGCCGGGUGCCGUCGUACGUCUUCGCCGCGGGGGGAUGGCGGGGUUCGGCCUCGCGCAGGCGCCGGCCGUGGUGGCGUUCGCGCUCGCGGCCGCCAUCCUCUCCACGCCGCCGCCGGAGCCGGAGACCUUCGCCAACAUCCCGCCCACGCUCUCCGGGGACGACAAGGCGCAGGUGAGGAUCAAGCACCCAAAGUCGGCCAAGGCGCUGCAGUGCACGUCCAAGUGCGUCGCCACCUGCAUCCGCGGCGGCGAGGGCCCCCUCAACGUCAGGAGACCUCUCGUGGUGUUCAAGGAGCAAUUCCGCAGCCGGCUGUACUGCCUGACAGAGUGCUCGGACAUUUGCAACCUCAUCAAGGAUGGGGAGGAUGGGCCUUGAGAAAUUAUCCAACAAGUUUUUAAUUUGCCCGGAAGAAGCGGCAGGUACGUUCAAGGACACUUGAUGACUGAAAAUCUUUUGAAGCGGUAUAGAAAUCAUACGUACUACGGAGUAGGUUCUGAUGGAACGUUGCUAAAAAGUCGUCCCAUGAAACAAAAAUGUACUUCGUCACAUUCGUUGUCUGAGAGAGAGACAGAGAGAGAAAAUGUACACAAGACAUUGCAUUAUUUCGAAACAAAAAUGUACAGAGUACAUAACAUGUGUUGUCUUCCUUCGAGAGAGAAAAUGUACAUGACACGUUGGCUUCUUUCGAAACAAAAAAUGUAUACAACAUGUGUUGCCUCGAGAGAGAGAAAAUGUACAUGACAUGUUUGGCUUCUUUCGAAACAAAAAAGUAUAUGACA